AUGAACUCCGACAUGUCCCUGGAGAACAGUAAGGGACACUCAAAGGGAAUGAGCUGGAAGGCUACGGAGAGAGGUGUGGAAGGUGAAGCCAGGCUCCAGAUGGGAUCUGCCAGAGAUGCUUACAAAGAAAUUCCCAUAUACUUUUCCAAGAAAGAAUGGACAGAGAUGGGAGACUGGGAGAAAAUCCGAUACAGAAAUGUGAAAAGGAGCUAUGAAGCACUGGUCUUUAUAGGUCUCAGAUCUCCUCGACCAGCUUUCAUGUGUCGUUGCACGCAGGCCAUCAAGCACUACCUGGAUGACACUGAGGAUUCUGAUGAAGAAUGGAUGCCCAGUCAGCAAGACAAUCCUUCUUGGGUGGCCUUCAGAGUGGAAUGGAGUAAAACAUGA